GUGUCGCUAAAGUAAUGGACAUGUUGUCACAGUGGUUGAUUAUUUCGGCUUCGUUAUGUUGUCUAGUAAAUGGUCAGUUCGGGCCGUUCAGGCAAGACUCGGGCUAUGUGACUGUGAGACAGGGUGCUCAUAUGUUCUAUUGGCUGUUCUACACGACCGCCGAUGUGUCCAGCCACACUGACCGACCGCUGGUAGUUUGGCUGCAAGGAGGCCCUGGAGGCUCGUCCACCGGCAUCGGCAACUUCGAAAUAUUAGGUCCGCUUGAUUUAUCACUGCAGGAGAGAAAUUACACUUGGGUAAAGAAUUUUAAUGUUCUUUUCAUUGACAAUCCUGUAGGCACCGGUUACAGCUAUGUUGACGACUGGAGUUACCUCACGACGACUAAUGAUGAAAUUGCUGUGGACUUUGUAAACCUCAUGAGAGGUUUUUAUGAGGCGCAUUCCGCAUUCGAGGGAGUGCCGCUGUACAUUUAUGGACAGUCGUAUGGUGGGAAAAUGGCAGUUGAUAUGGGCAUUCGUAUGCAUGAAGCAGAGCAGGCAGGAACAAUUAGGUCCAAUUUAAGAGGCAUUGCGAUGGGCAAUGCAUGGAUUCACCCGGUAGACUUGACGCUCACAUGGGGUCCCUUGCUCCUGGCUGCGGGGUUGGUCGAUGAGGCCGGUUACCAGAACAUACAGGAGGCCGCGAGGCAGGCCGAGAGGCUGUUCGACGAAGGUCUCUACGUGGAGUCCACGGCCGCGUGGGCUGCCACGCAAACACAGGUGUUCCGAGCGGCCCACAAUGUCGACUUCUACAAUAUACUGACAAAAACUCGAGGCCUCGGACCAGACACCAGGACCGAUUAUGAAAUCGCCAGAGAACUCAUGAUCCGCGACAUGUCCUACUCCGCAAUGAGCCGCCAGGAGGAGUACGACCUGGCCUACCUGAUGAACGGGCCCGUGAAGGAGGCGCUCGGCAUACCGGCCCAUGUGCGCUGGGGCUCGCAGUCCAACACGGUGUUCAACCAGCUGCGGGGGGACUUCAUGAAACCAGUCACCGAAGGGAUUGAAAAACUAUUAAACGAGACUGACAUCAUUGUUCAAAAGUAUAAUGGGAACCUGGAUUUGAUCUGCGAUACUCCUGGCCAACUGCUGUGGAUGGAUCGCUUGCAAUGGGCCGGCGCCGAGGCCUACCGCAACACGCCCCGGCAGCCUAUCUGGGAGAACAACCGGCUUGAGGGCUACUCCAAGUCCUACGGGAACCUGAGGUUCUUCUGGAUAAACGUGGCGGGCCACAGUGCCCAAUCUUCAGACUGCAACUUAUACGAGCCGGUUCGGUUUUGUAUACCGAACAGUAAAAUGGUUAAAAAAGCAGUUGUUAUUUCUGUGACGGCAGGAGUAGUGAUUGCGGGAGGUCUGGCUGUACUUAUUUGGUGGCUUGUAGCGGGCCGCGAUCCCUUCAGAACCGUACAGCUUAACAACCAAGCUAUAGGAAAUGUGGAAGGCACAGCCGCCCUGACCAGGAUCCGGGGCUCCGGCGACAUGUUCUGGUGGUUCUUCCCCGCCCACGACGAGACGCCGACCUCGAAACCCAUCAUCCUGUGGCUGGACGGAGUAACGGGAGUCUCGCCCAGUCUACUAGCGAAUUUUGGGAUGUUUGGCCCUUACGAUUUUAAUUUGAACGAACGGAAUAAUUCUUGGGUUGACCAAUACAACCUAUUAUUCGUGGACGCACCCAUAGGCACCGGCUUCAGCGCACCGCAAUCAGACAGCACAAUUCCAGAUAGUCUCGAUGAAAACGUUGAUCAUUUGGUGUUUACUUUGGAAUCAUUUUAUGAACUGCAUGAAGGUUUCAACAAUGCACCUCUUUACAUUUUCGGGCAAGGACAUGGAUCGAAGUUAGCUUUGGCUCUCACCACGCGAUUGCUGGAAGACAAUGAGCUUUCACGUAAUUUAGAAGCCAUUGCACUCGGCAAUGGGAUCGUUUCCCCGGCCCUCGCCCUGACGAAACUCAGUUUCUAUCUAUGGGAGCUCGGCUACGUCGACGAAGACGGGCGCACCGCUAUUGAUAACUUCUCAAACGAAACGAACGAUUUAGUCGACAACGGACAACUAGGAGCUGCCUUUGAUCACUUUUUGUCACUGGGAGAAUACACAAACGAGAACGCUGGAGCAGUGGCAGUCAAUUUGGGACAUAUUGUUGAAAAACUAACACGUGACGCUCGGCAAGGAUACUUCGGACAACCUAAUUACCUAGACAAUGUGAUCGGACUGGACUCUUUCCGGUUUAUGGAUGAGACCGUGGCGCCUGCCCUGGGGAUCAGUAGCUCCUACGCGGCCCACCAGGACGCCGCAGUCCGGGCUUUCAGAACCUCCUUUAUGGAAUCGGAUAUCGAAAAAAUUGAAUACAUUCUCGAAAACACGAGUCUCAAAGUGACUAUUUACAACGGCAACUUGGACGCGGUGUCCAACACUCCAGGUCAACUCGAGUGGGUAAAUGCCUUGCGAUGGUCAGGGCAGCAGAGCUUCCUAGCCAGUCCCCGCUCGACUCUCAUAGUCAACGGCCUGGUGCAGGGUUACUUCCGAGAGACUGAGCGACUGAGCUUCUAUUGGGUGAACGCGGCUGGGCAAUCGGUACCCCUUGACAGUCCUGACGCCAUGCGACGUAUCUUAGACAGAAUAACCGGGAGUUGAUUUCGUCAAAAAAUAAAAA